UACAUCAACACGUCAAUGGCAGCGUUAAUUGCAUUGCUAGACGAUAGAAAUCGCCGAGCACUCCAUCGGGAGCGCGUAUUUAGAGACCACAGCGAGGUGCUAGACACGUUCAGCGACCAAGAUUUAAUUGCACGUUACAGAUUUGAUAGGAACUGUAUUUUUGAAAUUAUUGACAAAGUCAGAGGGGAUGUUACAUUACCUACAAACAGAGGCGGUCACGUUAUACCUCCACGUAUUCAGGUGCUUGUUACCCUGAGAUAUCUCGCAAAAGGAGAUUUUCUGUCUGAAGUUGCUGACAUUCAUGGCAUUUCGAGAAGUUCAGCAAGCCGCAUCAUCCCAAGGGUGUGCAGAUCUAUUAUUAAAAACUUUCCAAUAAGGUAUCCAACAGACCCACAGGCAAUAACAAAUAUGAAGACUAAGUUCUACAGAAUCGCUAAUUUUCCGAAUGUGAUAGGGUGCAUUGAUGGAGUUCUGAUUGGCAUACAGACACCAUACCAAGAUGAGGCAUCCUACGUCUGCAGAAAGGGUUUCCAUGCCCUUAAUGUCCAAGCUAUAGCGGAUGCAGAGAUGAAAGGAUCGGACAGAGCUGCGGGAGACUUUGGAGUGAUAACAACUUUGAUAGGUUAA